UGCAGGCGGCGAACUGCUGGAUAACGUUUUUUUGCGUUUUUUCCCCAAAAAAUUGGUAUCGGGAGGUGCUGGACUUGCUCUAAGAGGCGCCGAAAUGCUCCCAUGGGCGGCCACGGCCUCCUCCUCCGCCACCGCCUCCUUGGCUCCUCCUGUCCAUGCCUCCCGCGCCGCACCACCUCUCUACCGGCCGUCUCCCCCUCUUCCUUCGCUGCUCUCGAUUGGCUUCCGGGCCCCGCUGCGCACACGCGCACUCUCUGUCGACGUCAACGCCUUCUGGGAGGAGCCGGACGACGGCUCCGGGAGCGACUACGAGGAUGAGGGCACGCAAGGCGCCACCGCACGAAGAAGCUCUCCUUUCCCUUCCGCCUCCCCGCUCUCUAGGCUCGCGGCAGCGCGGCAGCAAGAACAACAAGAGCCGGAGCUCCGGAGAGAAAUCGAGGGUCUCCUAACGCCUGAAGAACAGGCUAUCUUGGAUCAGAACGAGACACCUGAUAUCGCCGAGAUAUCAUCACCGAAAUGGCAUCCACUUCAUACAUACGCGUUGGCGCUGCAGAUACCUCUCAUGGACAAGCUGCUGGACAGUGGCGUUGAUAUCAAUUUAGUUGAUAAAGAUGGUUUCACCCCUCUUCACAAAGCGAUAAUAGGCAAAAAGGAGGCUGUCAUUAGCCAUCUCCUAAGAAAAGGAGCAAAUCCUCAUGUCAGGGAUAGGGAUGGAGCCACACCAUUACAUUAUGCAGUUCAAGUUGGUGCACUGCAAACUGUGAAGCUACUCAUUAAUAAGUACACAGUUGAUGUUAAUGUUGCUGAUGUUGAUGGUUGGACACCACUGCAUUUAGCAAUACAAAGUAGAAAUAGGGAUAUAGCAAAGAUAUUGCUUGUCAAUGGUGCUGAUCAGACAAGAAGAACCAAGGGUGGAAGAACUCCAUUGGACCUAAGCUUGUGUUUCGGGAGGGAUUUCAACUCAUACGAUCUGGCGAAGCUUGUCAAACUUGUUUCAGCAAACAGAGUUGUGUGAGGUUUUUAGUCUGCCAAUUUUUUUAUACAAACAGGAUCAAACCUUAGCACGUACCAACUUAUGUGUUUAGGUGAUUCUGCCGAUUUAUUGUGCUGUUGGCUGUUCAUUUCCAUCUGGAUUCAUGAACAGCUUAUGUAGAUGUAACCAGAAACAGGUUAGACCGCAAGGCUGAAAUAUUCAGCAUCAGAUGAAUUUUCCUGUAUCUGAGGACUCCCGGCAACCUGGCAGUCUGUACAUCAUAUCAUAUCUUGAGAAAGGUGGGCAUGCAGGAAAUCAAUUUGCUUGGAUCUUCUGUAAUGAUUGGAUUAGCAACAUUCAUUCUGAGUUACCAGUUACCGCAAAUUUGCAAUUUUAUAAAGCCAGGCUUGUAUUUUGUUCAAA